AUGCCACGUCAUCCACAAUCGUCAUCCACAACAACUGCCCGUACACCGUAUGGGCAGCCGUGGUCCCCGGUGGAGGCCGGCGCCUCGACUCCGGGCAGAAUUGGAUGUUGCAUUACAAGAAGACGUUCACGAGGCCGUCACAACCGAAAUGUCGAACCAUUUCUACUCCAGCAUGGAUCUCUGGCCCUCAAGCGCUAUAAAUACAGCAAAAUCAAGAAAAUGACCAAAUCCUUGAGCGAGAAGUUAGGACAAAGAGGAUACGGCAGCGUGUACAAAGGAAAGCUACCUGAUGGCAUCCUUGUUGCAGUCAAGGUUUUGACCGAUACAAAUAGCAAUGGAGAGGAGUUUAUUAACGAAGUCGCCAGCAUCAGCAUGACCUCCCACGUCAACAUCGUCAAUCUCUUGGGUUUUUGCUUCGACACACAAAAGAGAGCUUUGGUGUACGAGUACAUGCCUAACAAAUCUCUCGACAAGUACAUUGCUGAUGGAUCACUCGAACGCUUGGAUAUCGAAACACUUUAUAAGAUUGCGCUUGGAGUAGCCAAAGGCCUGGAGUAUCUGCACACGGGCUGCAACACCAGGAUUGUUCAUUUCGACAUCAAGCCUCAGAACAUUCUUCUCGACCAAGACUUUUGUCCCAAAAUCUCCGACUUUGGGCUGGCUAAACUGUGCAAAAAGAAACAGAGUUUAGUGUCCGUGCUUGGGACGAGAGGGACGCCUGGGUACAUUGCUCCAGAAGUCUUCUCCAGAAAUUUCGGAGGAGUUUCGCAUAAAUCGGAUGUUUAUAGCUACGGGAUGAUGGUUCUUGAGAUGGCUGGAGCAAACACUCUCGUCGUGGGCCAAUCCGAUAACACCCAGUCGAGCGAGAAUUAUUUUCCUGAUGGAAUUUACGAGCGUGUAAUAGAUGAUGUUACUAGAAUGUCAGCGGAUGGUAUUGCUAUUACCACACACGAAGACGUAACUUCUCGGAAAAUGCUUUUGGUAGGAUUUUGGUGCAUUCAGACAAACCCAUCGGACAGGCCUCCGAUUUCAAUGGUUGUGGAGAUGUUAGAAGGGAGUUUUCAAUCGAUACAGAUUCCUCCUAAGCCGGUCUUGUUUACUCCUGCUCUGCCCGUCUUACAUGGUUCCUCGUCAUUUUCGUCGUAUGUUGAGACUGCAGAGCAUUCGGCUCAAGCUGCAGUUCAAGUAUAG